UUAGAAGCGGGAAAACCGCUACAUCCGCCCGUCAUACCUUCUCCUCAACUGACUGAAGAGCAGCGCUAUGGCUUCCAACGUCCUAAUUCUUCUUUUUUUCGCGGGAAUAUUCACGAUCGCAGUCGGCUUUGAGAGAUGCAGCAUGUUUAGUAAAGACGCCGUAUACUGCCAUUUCUGGAAAUCGGAGAUCUGCUGUGGGAACUGUGACAAAAGCUACUGCUGCUCUGAUCCGCAAAAAAUAUUUACCAGUAAAGCGCAAUCCGACUGUCAUUUCAAAGACCUCAGGAUCUUCCCUAAUUAUUCUUCUCAAAGCAACGCUGUUUCCAUUGCCAUCGGUACUGUCUUCAUACUAGGGCUCGUAGCCAUCUUUAUUUUGCUCAUCUGCUGGGUCAAUCCACGCUGCUAUCUCUAUAAGAGGUUCAGGAAUCCUAGACCUGUGGCUACGGUCGUGACGGGACAAUACCAUCCGCAGCCUUCAGCCAUCAUUCAGGGUGGUCAGUACAAUUCGUACCAGGCUCUGCCAAGUAACCCACCUCAUGGAGGCCAACCGAUGUCAACCGGACCACCGCCCUCAUAUCAGGAGGCUGUAGGUCCGGGGUAUUCUGUUCCCAUUCAGGUUGCGCAUGACGGCGGCCAGGCCAUGUUCCCUCUACAGUCAGCGCUGCCCACAGACUACACCUCACCUCAACCAGCGUACAACCCCGCUUACACCGGAUUCAUCAGUCCAGUCGUCAAGACCAGUAACUAACUCCAAACCGCUGGGUUCUGGAGGCUUACGCGUUUCUUCUCUGCUGUUGUGAAUACAGUUACAAUGGGGCUGUGAAUAAUAGUGUUGUUGUUGUUCGUUAAUGUUGCUGCAUUUGUGCGCUCUUGUUCGACAUUGUUUACACUUGCCUUAAACACUUGAAACUUGAAUUUCUCUCUCUCUCCCUGUUCUAACCAAAGAUGCAUCUACUGUAGUUAUUGUGGAUCCUACAUUGGUCCAGAUUUGUUUUGUGAUUGUAAAUUUAAGUUGCGAUUGCGUCUGUCCAAUCAUUUCACGCCGAUCAAUCAAAGCAAGUUGGCUUUGUUGGCGAGUCCAGAGAGAAAUUUAGCAUUUAGUUUACAGAGGCGUGUCUGUGUGCAUUUAUACAAUUAUGUAUUUAAAUAUUAAAACACUUCACACGUACACUGGUGUUUUUUGUUGAUGUGGUUUAGAUGUUUUUGGGUUUUUUGCGUGGGAGGGGCACUACAGCCGCUUAUCAGGAAAUAAGCCAUAAGCAAAUCCAACUAUAGAAGGGGACUUGUGCUCUUUCCUAAAGUUAUAUUCGUGGCGACGGUAGGUGAGUGUCAAUUUUUCUGUUUAAUUAAGCUGGCAAAGCGCGGUAAAGAGAGUUUUCAAUGCAACAUUAAGAUUUUGGCUAUAAAUCAGCCCACCAAAGGCAUUCUCCGAGUUUUGUUUUCAAGCGGCGCUGUCCUCCGAGACUCUAUUUCAUAAUGCCCGCUGGCUAUAGCUCCCAAAGUUGAACCGGCGUUUAUCUUCACCCGUUUUGAUUUCUCUGUGGCGUUUUUUCUACACAGCAAUCGCUUGUCUCUAAACCCCUUAGUUAGGAGAUGUUCAUGUUCGCAAGCCAUUAGCUAAAUCACACACGAAUAUAUACACUAAUGUAAUCUUUCACAAAGUACUGAUGUGCUUGACCAGUGGUGUAGUCGGGGCAGGUAUACUUAAGUGUUUUUUUUUUUUUUUGCUUUGUUUGCGUAUUACAACUUCUGAGGACCAAUGUGAGCGUAAACCAUCGUUAUACUCACUUGUUUUGUUGAUUAAGACGUCCACAAUCUGCUCAUGCGUUAGCGUCCCCUUUAACCGUACCCCAAGUGUUUUUUUAUAAACUCGCGAACGUUUGUGGUAAUUGGUGCAUUUUUGUUUGAAUUCUGUCGUUUCCGGCCCCCGACGGUGAAGCAGUCAGGUGAUAAAUGUGUUUGUAUAUUGUUUUUGCCCUCUGUUCUGCCAUUGCUGUUUAAAUGUACGUGAUUUAUGAUGCCUUUGAGUCAUCAUGGCAGAAUGUAACGUUAUCCGAGCAGCGCAGGGUUCUUGAAGUUCUAGACGUUUCAGCUUGAUGAAGAAGCAUGCAUGAAUCAGGAGGUAACAAGCUACAUACAGAAAGUACACAAAUACAGUCAAAAAAACAGUAUUUGCCUAAAACACAGUCCAUUAUGCGUUAAAUAAAUGCAGCAUUUGGCUGCAAUAGGAUUUGUGCAUCUCCUACUGACCGUUAUUUAUUGUCUAUCCAACAACGAAUUCAAAUAAUUUUUUGGAAUUAUUUAAACGUUGCAAGGUUAUCCCACUGCAAAAAAGUAAAGACUUAGCUAGCUAGAUUAUGCGGUUUCAGUCUAAUGAAUACCAUCUGUGCUUCUUGUUUCAAAUGUUUCAAAUUUUAUGAUGAGCGAAUGGCCCAACAAUUUCACCGUUCAACCCAGAGAAAUAUGUUCAGGCCCGGGCAAGACAUCGUCACACUCAGUCACGGCAAUGUAAAUCUGUAAAUACGAAGCAACUGACAAAGCAAUGCAUAAUUGAAAAAUGUAAUGUAUAAAAAUAUAUGCAAAAAAUGACAGGUUGUAGAUGUAAUUCAUGUGUAAUAUAGAUUGAUAUAUUCCUAAUAAACAUUGAUUUCUCCCUUUUUUUUGGUCACUUAUGUAAGGCUGGAUGGGUGGGGGGUAGUUUCGUUAGUUAGUGGUAUUUCGUUUUAGGACUACACCACUGGGCUCGACAUUAAAACCCGUUAAAUGCGUGUGGAUUUCAGCUGUGGCGGGAAACACAGUCACCCACACUAACCUCUGGCGGGUUGAAUUUUAAAUAGGCUACUGUAAUAUAACUUUACAUUAAUGCUCGCCUGAGACAAACUGGAGUACGAACUGGUCCAGUGCUUAGUUCGUUAUCUGAAGAGCUCAUUUGCGGAAACCAGUAGAGGUAUUUUGAUUAGUUAAAAAAAAAAAACUUCAUUUAAAGACUAAGUCAGUUGUCCGGAAGCCAAAACGCUCAAUUUUUAUGUUGCUUGUGUUUAUUUUCACAAGUCAUUCUCUUGAUCAUGGAAGGCCCGUCCAUUGUGCCCAUGCUUGUGCCCACAGUAGUGUUUUUCACGGCGGCCGUUUCUAUGUGCCUCCUCUGGUACUGCUGGUGGAAAAGAUUCGCGAGGCAGCAUGCGCAGACAAGAACUACGGUCAUGACUACACAUCAGCCGCAAUACUCAUAUCACCAGCCUGUGGCUAAUAACCUACAGCCAGCUUAUGGAGGACAACCCUUUCUGACUGGACACUGUCAGCAACCUUAUGCCCCCGGACCACCACCACCACCCACGUAUCAGGACUCUAGUUGGUUUCCCGCUCCCUACAGUCAGGCUGCAUACGACGGCGGUCAGAUGGUGUUCCCUCUACAAGCAGCGCUUCCCACAGACUACACCUCACCUCAAACCCCGUACAACCCUGCUUACGUAGAAUCACAGACCACUUAAUCACCCAGAAUGGCCGGCUUUCAACCCCGGAUCACACAGAACUGUUUGCUUCCGCGCUCUUUUACCAUUUAAAGUGCGCAACUACAGACCGAUUUGUAGUUUGCUUUUAUUCUGUGGUAUUUCAUUCAACGGUCAAUAAAAGGAAUUUUGAACUCUUUUUUUUAACGGUCAAAAAUUAGUGUAAAAAAGGCUAUUAUUUGAUUGUAUUGAACAUUAUUCUGUCAAACAAAUGGACAGCUAUCAGUGCUGGACGUACAGUCGCCGAAUUGUAAGAUAUUACUCACUUUUAUUUGUUUGUCUCUCUUUAUUUAAACCUAAUAUAUGCGAAAUGUUAGAUUAAACCUUUAACCAUUUUAAGUUUUCUCGUUCUUGACACAGACACAUCUAGACUUUGAAAAUAAAUGUUUCGAAUUACACUGGUGGGUCUGGUUUUGCUUGCCUUGCCAGGAAAGGACUUUAAAUGUCUAUUAAACAGUGGGGGGAAAAAACAGCAUCCAUCCAUCCAUCCCUAUUUCGUAUUUAAAAUCAAUAUGCUUCACGUGUUACACUGCUGGGUCUUGGUUUCGAUGAAAGUUUCUUGCAUGGGAGGGACAUAGCAGUCACUUAUCAAGAUCGUUCGAGUUACAAGAGCAGGAAAAACAUGGUUUAAUUGGUCUGCAAUCUACACCAUCAGCAAGAUGAGCAGUUAUGCUUCUUCUGCUCUUCUCAGCAGUUUUAAUGGAAAAAAAGUCAUGGUAAUGUGUUAUCCCGCUAAUGUGUUUUAUGUUUUCGAAGCUCCAUUUGUUACAUUGUUAUAAGCUACGGUGUUUUAUUUAGUGGUCAAUAAAAGGCAUUUUUAACUA